AUGCAGAUAGUAAAGUCUCGAAGACUGAAGCCUCCAUCGAAUGAUAUUGUUUCUGGUUAUCAACUUCAGGACAUGGCUAACCGAACAGACAACUCGAUCCGCUGUACGAGUAGUAAAAAACCGAAUGACGGUAUGACGCUCAUAAUAGCGACUUUCGCAGGACUAGUUAUCGGAUUUUUAUUAGGAACAUCUUUCCCUACAUCGUCACUAACUAAAAUGAAUUUUCCAUCAAAAAUACUUCCUUCUGUUUAUGUACAAGAUGAAAAACCGGAGAUAUCACCUACGAUUAGUCCACCACAAGAGUCUAAUUUAAGUGAUGCAGCAUUUUUUAAGAUUUGGGUUCCAUCGAAUCCUCGCGGCGCAGAGAUGUUGCCUCCAAGUUUUGUUGCCGCCGAAUCAGAUUUCUACUUAAGAAGAUUGUGGGGAUUGCCCAAAGAUGAUUUACCAGAGGUGAAGCCUAAGUAUCUUGUUGCUUUUACCGUUGCUUAUGAACAUAGGGCAAACAUCGAUGCUUGCGUCAAGAAAUUCUCAGAUAACUUCACUAUUGUUCUGUUUCAUUACGAUGGAAGAACCUCGGAAUACGAUGAAUUUGAAUGGUCUAAACGGGCGAUACACGUGAGUGUACCUAAGCAAACCAAGUGGUGGUAUGCUAAAAGGUUUCUGCAUCCUGAUAUCAUAGCACCAUAUGAAUAUAUAUUCAUUUGGGAUGAAGAUCUUGGCGUUGAAAACUUCGAUGCAGAAGAGUACAUCAAGGUUGUAAAGAAGCACGGUCUAGAAAUAUCGCAACCCGCUGUGGAAUCAAGAAAAAAAAUUACAUGGCAGAUAACAAAGAGAAUACCCGGAGUCGAAGUUCACAAAGAAGUCAAAGAGAGACCAGGCCGCUGCAAUGACCCUCACCUACCUCCUUGUGCAGGGUUUAUAGAGAUUAUGGCUCCAGUUUUCUCACGUGAUUCAUGGCGCUGCGUGUGGCAUAUGAUUCAAAAUGACUUGGUUCAUGGUUGGGGUCUUGACUUCGCGCUAAGAAAAUGUGUCGAGCCUGCUCAUGAGAAGAUUGGUGUUGUGGAUUCUCAAUGGAUCAUUCAUCAAAGCAUUCCUUCUCUAACCGGCCAGGGAACUGAACAAGGGGGUAAAACCGCAUUCCAAGGGGUAAGGGAGAGAUGUAAACGAGAAUGGUCAAUGUUUCAGAAAAGAAUGAGUCGAUCAGAGCAGAAGUAUCUGAAAGAAAUUGCUACUGCAACUUCAAACUCAACACUUGGUUAA